GGGUGUAGCCGCGAGGAGAAGCGCAAAGUAUACACAGCUGGUUAACUCGAAGUAGUUCGACAGCUCUGUGCCGUUGCUCUGCUCUGUCAAAUAGCGCUGUAAAUUUAGCGACAUAGCUAGGGGGCUUGAAAUAAACGCGUAAUUCCGACUUUGCGCAUCAAUGACAGAUUACUGCCACCCGGUUUCCUCCGAUUUCACACCAGCUGAGCGGCUGGAGAUUGAGAACCUGAAGAUGCAUAAGAGCGAUCUUUUAGAUGACAUUGAGAAGCUGAAGAUGGAUAUUGAGAAAGUAAUGUCUGAAAUUCAGGACUUUGAGCUGACCGAGGAGAACAAAAACAUUGCGAGGGACAAGAAGUUCUUAAGCGGAAAGAAGAAAUUCAACAUGGAUCCCAAAAAGGGCAUUCAGUACCUGGUGGACAAUAAGCUGGUAGAGUGGAAACCGCCUGCGGUGGCAGAGUUCCUGUAUAAAGAAGAAGGCCUGAACAAGACAGCUAUAGGAGACUUCUUAGGAGAGAGAGAAGACAUGCAUCUCCAGAUACUGAAAGCCUUUGUGGAGCUGCACGAGUUUUCAGACCUUAACCUUGUGCAGGCUUUGAGGCAGUUCCUGUGGAGUUUCCGCCUGCCGGGAGAAGCACAGAAGAUCGAUCGCAUGAUGGAGGCUUUUGCCACCCGCUACUGCGAUUGCAACGUCAACGUGUUUCAGUCCACAGACACCUGCUACAUCCUGUCAUUCGCCAUCAUCAUGCUAAACACCAGCCUCCACAACCCCAACGUGAAGGACAAGACCACGCUGGAGAGGUUCAUCAGCAUGAACAGAGGCAUCAACAACGGGGGCGACCUCCCCAGCGAGCUGCUGACGAAACUCUACGACAGCAUCCGGAGUGAACCGUUCAAAAUCCCAGAGGAUGAUGGGAAUGAUCUCACACACACCUUCUUCAACCCUGACCGAGAGGGCUGGCUUCUCAAGCUGGGGGGCCGAGUGAAGACAUGGAAGAGGAGGUGGUUUAUCCUGACAGAUAACUGCCUGUAUUACUUUGAGUUUACCACAGACAAAGAACCCAGAGGCAUCAUUCCCCUUGAGAACCUGUGCGUGAGGGAGGUGGUGUAUGCGCGAAAGCCGUACUGCUUGGAGCUCUAUAAUCCCAACAGUAAGGGGCAGAAGAUCAAGGCCUGUAAGACGGAGACAGACGGCCGGGUGGUGGAGGGGAAGCACCAGUCCUACAUGAUCUCUGCGGCCACAGCCGAAGAUCGGGACAGCUGGAUCCAGUCCAUCAGGGCGAGUAUCACCAAAGACCCCUUCUAUGACCUUGUGACAGUUCGCAAGAAGAAAGUCAUCAACAACGGAGUAACGGAGGAAUGAGGGCAUGCCUACACGCAGUGACUGUGGGAUUUUAGUGGUUUUUCACGAGGAGGACACUGUGGACUGGUGACAGUCUGUUAAAGUGAUAAAAUCAGACACACCUGCUGGACAUCAAUGCAGACGAGAGAGAGAGAGAGAGAGAGAGAGAGAGAGAGAGA